UCUGGCGGAACCAUUGUUCCCCGUGUCUUGUCUCCGCGCUCCGGAUCCAUACGUUAUACACAUUGUCCGUCCUCCUCAUUCAGCGACUUCUCUGACUGCGUGCCAAAUAGAAGAACAAUUCCCCCCGGAGAGGGAGGAGAGGGCUGUUUACAUCUAGAAGACUGGGAUGGAAGCUUCCAUCGGGGCUCAGAGCGCUCACCAUGCUGGCCGGCUGCACGCAGGACACGGCUCACGUUCUCGGUGUGUGGACGGCUGACUCCGGAGCACCAUGACCCACCAGAGAGCCCUGUCGCCCCUCGCCCUGCUGCUCGCCUCCCUCCUGUGUUAUGGCUUUAUGUUGGUGUGGACACAGAAUGUGGCCCUUGACACCACGACAACCUUUGAGGAUCUUAGCACACCGUUUUCCACACCUAGGGUGAAGCUUCUGUCCGGUGGGAACUUUUCGGUGACGGUGGCCCCAUGGGAGAGUACCACGGAGCCUCCUGUAGUCAGUACUCAGAGCAGCCUUGCUAUACACAAGACUACAGCCGAGGACAAUAUCACCAUCCCAUCGUCAUCUACCAUGGAGAGUCCUUCCACCACGGUGACCACGGGUGGCACAGAGACCACUACAGACGAUGAGCUUAUGAGCGCUGUAGGCAGCACUGAGGCUCCAAUGGUCACAACUACCAACACUGAGGUCAGUACUCUGACCGAGAGACAGAGGAGCACCACCGAGCUAGAAAUCUCAUCUUCUGUAAGUGAAAACGGCAACAAAGUAUCAACUGGAACCACCAUGGCCGGGGGUACCACAGACGCCGCUGCAACCAGUGCUGGAGUCCGUGUGACCAGAAAUGUAUCUGCCCCACUGAGGGCCAUGGAGAAGACAUUGGAGAAGACAUUGGAGAAGACCUCCACCGGUGGAAAGCUGACAUGGAGGGUGAAGCUGCAGAGCAGUCUGUCCCGGGAAGACGCUGUGCGCACAUUCUAUGAGAAGGUGUGCAGUGUGAUCAUCCAGAACCUUCACCUGAAGGACAUCUCCAUCUGCGGGGCCCCGGGGCUCACACCCCUGCGCUGCACAUAGCCGCCGCCUUCCAUGCUCUGCAAUGACUCGGAGAUAUUACCCCUUCCCUCUUCUCUCCGGACUCUGAGCUGAAACAAGAGAAUCUUCAUAGAGAUCGAUCCUCGGGAAUUGUAAUAAGAACGGUCCUCUGUACCCCCCCCCCUGGAUCCGGGUCACGGGAAGUAUCAUGUCCUGCUGGGUCUCCUCUUCCCCUGAUGGACCAGAAUCUCUACAUUCCGGAAGAUUCCAGAACACAGAGGACGACCUCUGAUGACGGGAGAUAUCAGAUAAAUAAUCUAUUAUAGGGGCGGAGACUUCGAACACAUUGAGAUCGGUCCACAGAUACAGAACAAUGGUGUGACUUUGGACCAUAAGAGCAUAUUAGAAGCUGCAGCAAGUCAGACAGAGCUCCGCCCCAUUUCCUGGCUGGAGGACAUCCAGCAUCAUCCAGCUCUCUCCUCCCCAUCCUGUUACCCAUCUACCCUUUACAUUCAUUGGAUUUCAAUUCUGUCACUCAUUGAGGCUCAGCACCACAUGUGUGUGUUACCUAACUUCAAAUCAAAGCUUACAAAUACAGCCUGCCUAGGAACGCCCACUCCUCCAGGCUGACGCCCACCAUCACAGGAAUUUUGAUAUUUGCAUAACUCCACCCAAGAGCCCGCCCACUGCUUACAUCAGGACUUAGGACUCUUCAGAGGAGUACUGAGGGAGGGUGCGGUGCCCUGCUUGCCCCUCCCACAAUCUGCCUGUGUUGAAUAGAAAAGCACAGAGGCCCAGUAAAAAAAUAUAAAAAAAGCAUCUCUGGAUCUGAUGUAGCAUUUUAAAGAUUCAGCACUGUUACUUCCAACACUGAUAAGAUUGGGCAAGUUAGGGGUCAGA